AUGGUAUUUCCUGGAUUUGGUGGCUGGAUCAAUCAGAACAUUCAAGGGAAUUUUGCUGAUCAGUCCAAGAGAUCUGAGAAUGUUGAAUCUAAUUCAGAGCCACCUUUAGAAUUUAAAUAUUAUGAUAGAGAUGAAGUGGAUAAGCAAGUACAACUUUGGAUAGAUGAAGAUAAAAAGCAUCCAUGGGUUAAUCCCCCUCCUAAGGUGAAGGUGACAACAAAAAAGGGCAUUUGCCAUAUGCACACAGAACUAACGAUUGGGAGGAUUCCUGAAUCAGUCUACUUAUUGUUUGCUAAUCCACUCAACAACCAAUACUUCCAAGAAUUCGACGGGAAAAACUUCUGCAAACCAAGAAAACUUUUGAGGAAGGAUGGACCGAGGCGGAUUGCGGAGGUAGAGAAAAUUGUAUCCUGGAACUUCCUUUGGUUUUCUAGAACUCUCCCGAUAAAUCUAAUUGUCGAAGACAAUCAAAAAGAUCUUACGGGAAGUUACAAGAAAAAGAAAGUGAAGUUCAUGAAAGUAUUCGAGGGUCGCUGGAAAGUGGAGCCACUUUUCAUAGAUUCCGAACGCUUAUGCAAACAAAUUGAGCCGAAGAGCCGAGAAGAGUAUAGAAAAUGUAGCGGCGGUCGAGGAAGGAUUGCGUCGAAGGUGACAAUCGACCAAUACUUUGAGCCUUCUUCUCCUCUUAAUCUGCCACCUUUUUCUUGGUUCAUCCGUCGGAUCACCAUCAAAACCAAUAAGAAUCUAAUAAAUAUGCUUAAAUAG